AUGCUGGAACAAGAAGAUCUUCCCCUUGCACUGCGGCGUCCUCGUCGAAGCGGUGUGGGCAGCAGAAGCAGCAGCAGCAAUAGGGCCCUUCAUCUGGACCGACCCACUGAGCCCCAGACCCCUCAUCGCCUGCCCCAGACGCCCAGCCGCGAGAGCAAGAAGCGAGUUCGCUUCUCGGAUUCGGGCUCAACCGGAGAGGCCGUGCCGAAAAGUGACUCAGUCUCAUCAUCAUCAUCAUCAUCAUCAUCAUCACCAGCCUCGACGGGCCUGACACCGUUCAUCGGCCAGGUCACAUUCCUACCCAUGCGACAAGUCUUGGACGGCCGCGUCAAGAGGAGGAUUAGACGCAACGGCCUGAGCGAGGAGAUGAAUGUCAUCAGUGCCGAGAAACGACGCAAGGUACUGCAGGACAAGGCAGAGAUGGACUCACUCCGAGCCGCUCUCGCCACAAAGGACGCCGAGAUUCGACGCCUUUCUGGUGUGACGGUGGUUGAGGAGGGGGAAAGCAUCGACGACCUCAAGAGACAGGUCGAGCAUCUUCGACGCGCCCUCAAGAGCCCUGCACCGUCAAACAGCGACCUCAGCGACAGCACACAGGUCGACUGGAGCAGCGCCAUGACAGGAGGAGGUCACUAUUCAUCUUCUGGUGGUGACGAUGCCGACCACUUUUUCGACGAGAGCUCCAUCGCCCAGCUGGCCUGCAGCACGCCCACAAGACGGCGCGCAGACAUCAGAAACUCCAUUCCCACUCCACCUUCAACCAGCCCCAUCAUGCGCCUCAUCAUGCCGCCCAUGCGUCAGCUCUUCACCCCGCCCUCGUCUCACAAGUCCGUACAGGUGCAGAUGCCAGACGAGGCAGGCCGAGAGGCCGCGCAGGAGGAGCUCGCCUCCCUGCAGCUCGAAGUCAAGAAGCUCACAUCCAUCCUCGAGACAUACGAGGCCAUGACCUGCCGCCUGGCCGACAAACUCGCCCCCUUCAGCCCCGAGGACGGCUCCGCAGCCGAAGCGAUUCUAGGCUCGCGCUCGCCAACCAUCAAGGUCGAAGCGCGACUGAACCAGCUCCUCCGCGCAUUCCGAGACCGCACGGCAGCCCUGGCCAAAGUAGACACGUCGCUCGACAGCCUAGGCAUCCGGGGCAGCGACGCGCCUCAGGCCAUCGCCUCUCUCGCGGCGGCGUUCCGGUCGGCCCGGCUGGAGCUGGAGUACCUGGAGCCAGGCGAGAGCACGCUGCCGCUCUCCGCGUCGGGCGCGGCCGUGCUGGACCUGCUGCUCGCGCGGCUCCGGGAGCUGGCGAGGGAGAGGCUGGAGCAUGCCGACACCAUCGACGAGUUCCAGGCCGUGGAGGUGUCGCUCCGCAGACAGCUCGGCGCGCGCGUCGGAGCCAUGGAUGAUAUGCGGCAGGAGAUCAGCACGCUGAAGGGGAAGGUGAAGCUGAGGAACGUGCGGAUCCAGGAGCUCGAGGCCGGCAUGGACAGGCUGAGGGGGUCGGUGAAGUCGUACACGCGGGACAUUGCAGACUUGGAGACGCUGGCGCAGCGGCUGGAGGGGGAUUUGGAUGCGGCGAACAAGAGCCUGCAGGAGGCUGAAGAGCUUCGCGAGGCACAUGAGGAAGAACAUGGCGAGGCUCUGGCGGAGAAGGACUCGACCAUCUCGGUGCUGGAGAGGAAGUUGGGGCUUGUACUUGAGCAGACUGCAGGGCUGCGGGAGGAGUUGGCGAACUUGCAGAGGCAACAUGAUGAGCUGCAGGCCAGACACGAGGGAGAACGGGGCAGUGUUGAUCAACGAAAAGGAUCAGGACUGGAAGGAAUGGAUACAGAGGUAUUCACGCUGAGGACCGAAGUGGACAAGGCCAAUAAGGCAUUACAGAAAGCGCAGGCCACGGUUCAUCAGCUUCGCAUCGAGAACAAAGAGAUUAAAUAG